UAUAGACUAUCAGUACUGCAGUAUAUCAGAAUAUUGAAUAUUAAUAUUUCUGUGUAUGCUAAAAUAUAAUACCAGAAUAUACCCAAGCUUAUAGUCUUUAAUAUCUGAAUAUUGUAUCAGGGAGUUCGCAAACAGAGUCAUGGAUGUUACAAAUCCUCUUCAAGUUCCACCUCCACAAGAUCGAAACAAAAUGGAUUUACAAAAAAUGUUGAUUGAUGAACGAAUACGAUGUGACACACAUAAAACAAAUUAUCAGGUUUUGAAAGAGCAACAUAAAUUAUUACAAGAAGAAAAUGUCAAACUGCAACAACAAGUAACAAGAUAUAAAACAACUGGUGCAGAAUCAGCUGAAGGAUUACAGUCUAUCAUCAAUGAUUUGAGAGGUCAACUGGCAUCAAAAGAGAGAGAGCUUGAAACUGUUCGUGGACAAGCACUCAAUCCACAGAGAUUAGAAGUUAUUAAAGCUGAAAUUACUAAGGAAUUGGAAGGUCCUUUGAAAGAUCAUGUUGAAGCAAUGGACAAGGAGGUUGAAAAAUACAGGGGAGAAUAUAACAAACUACGAUAUGAGCAUGCAUUUCUAAAAUCUGAAUAUGAUCACCUUAAAGUUGAUCAUAAGAGGAUACUUGAGGAAUUAUCACUAAGACAUCAAGCUCAAAUUUCUGCAUUGCAAGAAGAAAGGGAUGAAGCUAGAAAAGCAUAUGAUGAUCGUCCUAUGCCUGAUGUGAAUGACACCCGUAAAAUUCAAACUUUACAACGAACAAAAACACAGCUUGAACUUAGAGUUAAAAAUUUGCUUGAUGAAAUAAAUGAAAUUCAAAAACAGAAAGAAUACUCUGCAACUGAAUCUGAUAAAAUUCAAAGGUCACAGGCACAAGAUAUUGCUCAACUUCAAGGUAAUUUGAAAUCAGUUGAAAGCGAACGAAGAUCUAUUGAAUCAAAAUGUGAGAGACUACAACGUGAAUUACAAAGCAAUUCUGAACAUAAUACCAGGUUAACGCAACAGUUACAGGAGAAAGAAAAAGAAUGCUCAGCUUUCAAAAAUAUGAUGGACGAAGAAAGCCACAAACAUAAAGUUGAAUUAUCAAAUAUAAAAUUAAAAGAAAUGAAAAUACAAGGUGAUCUUGAACGAGAAAAGGAUGCUUUAAACAAUAGGAUGUUGCAAGACAUAUGGGAGGGAGAACAUAAUAAACAUACUGAAGAAUUGGAAAGAGAUGCAGUAAGAAGAGUACAAGAAGCAAAGCAGGAGGAAUGGAUAAAAACCAUGCAUUACAGACAGAAAAAAAUUGCACUGGAAGAGAGAGUUAGAGAAUUAGAAAGAAGGGUUUCUGAUGAACAAUCAUCUAAACAGAAUGAACGAGAACAAGCUGAGGAACGAUUGAAAAUUCUGGAAGCGAAUGAGGCAUCAGCACAAUCAGAAGCUGCUGUUUUACGUUCAAAGAUAGAUUCAUUGUCUAAAGCGUCUGCUGAACUGGAAAAGGAGCGGGAGAGCAACGCCACCAUGAGACAGAGGCUACAUGAUAAGGAAUUAGAACUUCAAACUGCACUGUCUGGUCGUCAGCAAUUGUUAUCAGAAAUGCAAAGACUGAAAGAAGAAUCGAAAAAUUGUAGAAUGGUAGAAGAUGCAAGAUUACAAACUGAGAAGGCUCAACAAAAUGGAGAACGAGUUGUUGAAGAUCAGAGGCUCGCUGGGAUGGAGGAAAGACACAGAUUGCAAGGAAGGAUAGAUCAGCUUGAACACAAACUACUAUCUAGAUUGAGUGAAUCCAGUGAAAAAUCAACAAAACGUCUCAAAAAAACACAGCAGUUGCUCAUCAAUAAAAUUAAGAGUUUGAAAAAUCGUUCCCAACUACUUGAGGCAGAAAAAGAACAUCUUGAAAUUGAAAUGAAAGCCGGGAAACACGGGGUUCCUCUUGAAGAAUAUAACAGAAUGAGGCGACGUUUGAAUGAUUAUCAAAGGAAGCACAAUGAAUUUGCGAGAACACUGGGAUUGUCAGAAUUUGAUAAGAUGGUAUUUCAUAACUCUACCUCAGCACAUUAUAACACUGUUGUUAUGCCACUGUCAUCAACACAAAAUGGAAAUAAAGGAGGAAGUAUGCUGCAGGGUUCUGGUGAGCGCGGUAUAUCUCAAAUAUGGGAGCGCCUCGAUUUCAUUGAAAAACAACAAAAAAUCCAAGACAUGGAAUUGGAAAAUGUGGCCAAACCUGCACAAAUUAGGACGACAUCUGAUAUGCCAACACGAGAUCGACCGUCACGAAAGUUGAAAUUAACCACACGUACUGUGGAUGAUGGAAUGAAACUGACACCCCGAUCAGAACAUAGUGAAAAUCGUGAUCGACCACAGACAGCAGGUUCAGAUCGUGACCAUGAUCACUAUUCAUCUUCUAGUUUUGAGUCUGAUAGCAAAAGUGGCUGAAUGUAUGCAGAGUUUAAUUUUCACCAAUUGAAUUUUUGAAUACCCUUAUUUAAUUAACUUGCUGUUUAUGAUAAGAACUUAUACAAAUUGAUUGUUCAAGGUGUCACAUGCUGACAGCUCUGUGGUAUUUUUUGUUCCUUGUAGUUGUCUAACACCAAAAGGUUGGGUUCUUUUUGCUAAAUGACGAAAAGCAGAUUGAAGUUGACUGUCUGAAACAUAUACUAAGAAAAUAGGGAAUAGCAGUUCAUUGUAUACUUUGAUUAUUAUGCAUAUUAUUAUACUUUAUAAAAUAUAUAUUUACAAAUUUCUGAUA